AUGGUCAUCGGUGGCACGUUAGCCCUGCAUGUUGGUCCACGAAUGGCUACAUUUAUCGGAUGCACUAUUGCUACGUCCGGAGUUGCCCUUUCAUACUGGUCCAUUAAACACUCGCUUUUCUCCUUUUUCAUAACCUACGGAUUUCUUUUUGGCCUCGGUCAAGGAAUCGCCUAUGUCGUCGCCGUCGCUACUAUAAUAAAUUGGGCCCCAGAAAAAGUCGGUCUGAUGAGCGGGAUCGUCGCGGCUGGGUUUGGAAUAUCGUCGUCGAUUUUCGCACCGAUCCAGACACGUCUUAUCAAUCCGGACAAUUUGCCAUCCACCAGGGACGGGUACUUCCUGGACAAGGACCUUCUGCAUCGAGUGCCAGAUGUUUUUCUAACGUUGGCGUCUAUCUAUGCAAUCAUGCAACUGAUUGGUCUUAUUGUAAUUUGUGAUCCUCCUGAAAAAAUUCACAGCUCGGGACUUGGUUCGAUCUCGGAUUUCAUCGACGAGAUUCGCCACGGUCGUGACCCAUCACACCCUCGUCAGCGAUUCGCUACCGUCGCGUACAAGCACUUACCUCGCGACGAAAUUACG